CUGCGCUGCACAUUACGGUUGUCGCUUGGGUGCAAUGAAGCGGGUGCUCGUCGGCGUCGGGAAGGCCCUGCGCGACACCGGUCAGGCGGUGGAGCGGAUGGGCAUGCGCGCGCAGGACAACUGGAUUUUCCAAGAGAAGAUCUGCAGGCACCGCGCCCUGAUGAACCUGUUCGACCAGCGACCAAAGCUGCGGCCCUCCGUAUUCGUGGCGCCGAACGCCUCCCUCAUCGGCAACGUGAGCGUGAUGGACGAGUCCUCGAUCUGGUACGGCGCUGUCGUGCGGGGCGACCAGAGCCCGGUCGACAUCGGCGGCAAGAGUAGCAUCGGAGACCGCAGCGUCGUCCUCUCCGCCUCAGUCAACCCCACCGGCUUUGCAGCAAAGACGUCCAUCGGCGAUUGGGUGACCGUCGGGCAGGGGUGCGUGCUGCGCGGUUGCACAGUCGACAACUUUGCGGUGGUUGGCGAUGGGUGCGUCAUCGGCGAAGGCGCCCUCGUUGAGACGCACGGCGUGCUCGAGGCUGGCUCCGUGCUUCCGGCCGGCGGGCUGGUCCCACGUGGCGAGGUGCAUGGCGGCAACCCGGCCGCCUUCGUGCGCAAGCUCGAGAAGGACGAGAUCGCGGCCAUCGAGAAGAAGGCCGAGGACGUGUCGAUGAGCGCCAAGAAGCACGCCGACGAGUUCCUCGCCUACUCGAACACCUACCAGCUCCGCGAGCAGCUGGGCACGGCCGCCGGCAAGAUCUAGCCGCAGCUCGUGGCCCACCUCGCAUCAACGCUGCCGGCUUUGGGGCGCCGCCAACGGCUAGAUCUUGCUGGGCACAGCCUUCUCUCCCCCCUUGGCGCCCUUGGCGGCGCGCCCCACCGCUGCCCGACCCAGUCGCCGCAUGUGGAGCGGUGCCCGCUCUUGCGCGCCGCACGACCGGCGCGGGCGCACGCGCCGUCUUCGUCUCUGUCGUCGGUUUUGGUAUACAGCCUGGUUGCGGGGCGGUAGGGCACGGGCGGCCGAUGCGGCGGCUAACCCUGCCCUGCGGUGCGUGUUGGCCGCGCUUCGGCGCAAAGACCGGCGAUAAAUCUAUUAGCUUUUAGCGGGACGUAGCGCUCCGGGUACUCUAAUCGACCCGCAGUUGC